CUUUUUGUAUUAGUUCUAUGCAUUUGAGUUUCUUCGCAAUUCAAAGAUAUUGGGGGAUUUCAUUACCAAUUUGGUUCUGAUUUGUAAUGAAUCUCUGCUUUAAUAUCCCAGCAUACAUAUAUUGGGGUUGAGAAUUUAGGGGUAUCUUUGCUCCAUUUUAUAACUACCUAUCCUCUUCUUUAUAUUUUGAGCUCUUAAAUCUUCUCAACCAAGUUUGCCAUUGUCUUUGUUCUUUAGGCAAUUGCAAAUGUCUCUAACAAAUGGGUUGGAAAUUCCAAAAGAAACACUGGAUGCAGAAAUCCAAGCCUUUUUUGACUCAGCUCCUCCUUUGAAGAACAAAGUUGAUAUCAGUGAAAAACUCGAGGAAUUUGUGAAGAAGAAUUCAUUACCUUCCGGAAGUGGAGGAGUUAGGAGGGUUGUCUGUGUGACAUCGGGGGGUACCACAGUUCCUCUAGAGCAACGAUGUGUUCGCUACAUCGACAACUUCAGCUCAGGUCAUAGAGGAGCAGCAUCCACAGAGUACUUUCUGAAGGCAGGUUAUGCUGUUAUCUUUCUUUAUCGGAGGGGAACUUGCCAGCCAUAUUGCAGAUCUCUUCCCGAUGAUCCCUUGCUUGAAUGUUUUGAAUAUAUGGAUGAGUCAAAUAUUAAAGUGUCCCAGCCACAUUCUGAAGCAGUGAGGAACGCCAUCACUAAGAAUCGUGCUGCAGUAACAGGAAGCCUCUUGUUGAAACUUCCCUUUACAACCAUAUUUGAGUAUCUUCAGAUGUUGCAGAUGAUUUCUUUAUCAAUGAGAAGUCUUGGACCACAUGCAAUGCUUUAUCUUGCAGCGGCAGUGUCUGACUUUUAUGUUCCUUGGAAGAGCAUGGCCGAACACAAAAUUCAGUCAGGGGCUGGGCCGUUGGACAUGCGACUUGUUCAGGUGCCAAAGAUGCUCUUAGUGCUAAGGCAAGACUGGGCACCAAAGGCCUUCUGUAUAUCUUUCAAGCUAGAGACGGAUUCGAAGAUUCUUUUAGAGAAGGCUGAUAUGGCUCUCAAGAAGUACAAGAUGCAUAUGGUUGUAGCGAAUGAACUUUCGACCCGCAAGGAAGAGGUUGUAGUUGUCAGAAGUAACGAAAAAGUUUCAGUUCAUCGAAACAAUUCUCUCGGUGAUAAUGAUGUGGAGAGUCCGCUUAUUGAACUUAUUGUGGAGAGGCAUUCAGCGUAUGUCAACAAUUCUGAUAUAUGAUGAGUAAAGCUCGAUUUCAUCUGAUAGAGGAUCUGGGCAACAAACAGUUUCUGUUUAAGAAGAUGGCAACAUUUUCUUUUAGUACUUAGUUUUACCAAGCAAAAGAUUGUUAGCAUAAUUUGCUCUUGAAAGUAAUCAAAUUAAUUUUAACAUGUAUAUCAUACUUUUGAGUGGAGAUAAAGAAGUUGUAAUUAUCUCUCUUAUUUCGAGGAACUGUAAAGUUCUGGUGAAUAAAGCUAAGUUCUUAU